ACCGUUUAAACUGCAGACUCUGUGUUUGUGUUGCACAGAUUCUAAGACUCGCUCACAAGAAAACGAAUAAAGAUAAAUAAAUAAAUAAAGUCAACCAGAUAAGAUGUCCUCAGAUGAAGGGGAUCUGGACAGUCCACACCUACCAAAGGAUUCAGACAGGGGCAGCUCAGUGUCUUCUGAACUUCAAGAGGAGUAUGAAGAACUGCUUCGCUUUGCUGUAGUCACUCCAAAGUAUAAUCCAAGUAACCCAUCACAGCUGAUGAGCAGCUCGUUUUCAAGGGAUCCUGCAAGACUCGAAGCGGUUCAGGACCUUAGAGAAUCAUCACCUGUAAGUGAGGUGAUUUCAGCCACCUGUGCUUCACAGUUAGAAGGAUCUCGACCACAGAGUCGCAUUUCUGAAGGGGAAGAGGUGGGGUCAAGGUCUGAUGGAGGACCAGAAGGUAGACAUACUGAUUCUGACAAAUCUGGGAAGAGCAGUCCAUGUCACGUGAUCGUGACGACAGAGAUGUUUGUGUCAGAGGAGAACCUGAACAAGAUGGAGGACAUUUUGGACACAUGGAGCAACAACUUGAAGAGCAACGUGAUGACGGAGCUUCGGAAAUGGAAAAUAGCCUUUGUGGAGCAGCACAGACUGGAGAUGACAAAGCAGAGGGAAAAACAUGCUGCUCAUAUAGCAGGCAUUAAUGCAGAGAUGGAUAGUCUCAAAGACCUGCUCAAUACCUACCAGAUCUCCAAUCAGCGGAAAGACGAGGUGAUCACGAAUUUGACACGAGCAGUUGACAGGCAGCGGGAGCGGCUGGAGCUGAUGAGGAGCUUCACCCAGUGGAGACACCAGCACUGUGCUGCCAAAGAGGAGGCUCAGGCGAGUAAAUUGGCAGAGCAGCACUACCAACUGCAGUUGAAGAAGAAGGUGUGGGCUGCCUGGCACUCGCUUAUCCAAAGAGGCUGGAGGGAGAGGGCAGAGCGGGCAUGCCGUGCUCGUGCUGAGGAGGUCUGUCUGCAGCUCUCUGCUGACUAUGAGGCGAAACUGGGAGAGCACAUAGAGGCCCUUCAGAAAGCCCAAGCUGAAAUCCAAAGGCUGCACAGAGAGAAAGAGCGCUAUGAAGACUCCAUGAAGAAGGCGUUCAUGCGUGGUGUCUGCGCUCUUAACAUUGAGGCACUGAGCAUGUUCCACACUGCAGAUACAGACAGACACGAGCAAGAUGCAGCACCCUCAGGAGACGAACCCAGUUCUAGCUCAAUGGCCAGCCGUCCUCUCUUUACUGCAUCUUCUGCACGUUUGAGCCCAAUCAGCAUGGAGACUCCAGUGCAGCCCGUCCACUCCCGCACUAAUACAGACGACAGAGAAGCAGAUCAGUUUAGCUCUCAGCCUGGCUGUAGUACAGCAGUCAGUAGGACAGAUGCACUUCCCGCCACUGCAGUAGUUAAUCCUGCUUUGGCACCUGGAGGCAUCACUUCGACAGGUUCGACACUUCGACAAAGUUCCCUUCGACAGUUCCCACAGACGAGUGUACGCACAGUAACAGCUGGUCAGCAGAAAGCUUCAAAGACUGUGACUGCACGUAUCACUGGACGCUCAGAACUGGUCAAGACAGGCCGUAACCCUGGCAGCGUACAUGUCAUGGGCGUGGUUCCACCAAUGAGUUCCAUCGUGGUGGAGAGACACCACCCUGUCACUCAGGUUACCAUCGGUCAGGCAACAGCAGCCAAAUUUCCUCGUUCUGCUCUACAGAGUCACACGGUGUCCAGCACUAAAAGCUCCAGCCAGCCCAGGGGACAGCCGUCCUCCGCAUUUCACAUCCACUCUGUUAAAGUAGUGGACUAACACACGCGCACACACACACACACACCCUGUCAUGGUAUCCCACAUAAAUAUGAGUGUCAUGUACACAGGAGUGACAUACAAUGGAUUACAUUUGUUAAUUGACAAAUUGGUGUGCCUUAGUUAAAACCUCAUAUUUGAGAAUCAGGGCUUUGUGUCUUUUUGUGAUUGUCCAUUAAGGUUAACAUUACAUUUUUAAAGUUUAUAAUCAUUUAUUAAGCAUUCUGUAUGUUUUAAAGUAUUUUUAUACUAAAGAAUUUUAGAUAUGACUUUUUUUAUUUAAUUCAUGGCCUUUGUCACUAUGUGUCUGUAUGUUUGUCUGUCCCUGGCUAUGAAGGGUGUUGCGAUUUCUUGGCAGUAAAGGUUAAUUAAUCACAUUUGUGCACAAUUUUUUAAAGAGUUUAUGUGUUGGAAAAAUGAAUGUAAAUCUUCAGUUAAAGAAACAGGUGUGUUUAUUAACGUAUUUCAUGGUAGACGAAGUGAACUUGAGAAAUGCUGUUGCUUCUCAAGAUUUCAAUGUUCAAAUAAAGUAUUUUUUACGUUUGGCUGACAAGCCUUCAUGAAA